AUGGAUCACCCAUAUUUCCGGGUCGGCGAUGGCCGCAUCUCCCACCAAGUGCGAAACCACGCAGCAGAAGACGCCUUCCUCACUUCCAAACUCGAGUCUCACGCCCAUCGCCCAAUGUCUGUGGCCACCGAGUUUGUGGACACGGACUGGGACGAAGAAAUCGUCAGUGACGUCGAAGACAACUCACCUCGCGUGAGUCUACAGUCGUCGGGGCAGCCGAGUAUCACGACCGUAUCCUCGUACGACGAAGUCCCUACUCCUAGGUCAAGUCGUGGCCGCGAGGUCCUCCUCGACGUCUCUUCAAAACAAGUCCAAGGCCCCCGAGGACCCCAUCUCUUUCGCAGCUCGACUGACCAGUCUCUGCUUGAAGAGGGCGCCAUCUUGACGCUGUCGCCCCUGACGUCUCGGCCAGCCCGGGUGAUUGACGGCCGCGUGGAGAGGUCUCAACCCCCUGCAAAACGGAGCUCAUUCCAGUACGAUCAACAAAAGCUCGAUCCGUCUUUGCUCGCUUCGUGGACUCCCGAGAUGGUUGCGCAGUCUAUGCUUGAUGCCGGCAUCGAGCUGUCUGUGGCCUACCGAUUCAUCGAAAACGACAUCAAUGGCGAAAUCGUCGUCACGCUCAAGUUUGAGGACCUGAAAGAGCUAGACAUCCCCUCUUUUGGUAUUCGUACAAAGGUCUGGAAUCAGAUCGAGGUCCUCCGGAACAGCCGACGCGCCUCGCCCAGACCCUCGACACCGAUUGAAGAUGUGCCGAGUCGGGAGGCGAGGAGGGCGGCGAGGGCCCACCCCGACCUAGAGAGGCGCCAGGGUAGCAGGAGGACACAGCGUCGCAGACCCUCUGCCAACGACGACAUCGUCACUCCCAUGGAGUCCGUGUCCAUCAUCGGCAUUGAGCAGGUCAUACCUAGGCCGCACCACUGUUCAAAGGGCGAGAACUGUUCGAAGUGGAAGAGGCAUCAGCGUGCCAUGGAAGAGAUCAAGAAAGCACAUCCAAACGUGGACUUGAAUGCUGGCGGUACCGUCCUCCUCUAUGGUGACGCGGGCAACCCAGACACGGCGAAGGCUAUCAUCCCCAACGAGGACCAGCGACCCAUGUCGGACGCGCUCCAAUCUGUGGUUGCAUCGUCUGACGUUCUUGGGCCUGGUGGCCUCCCUCCGCUGCAAUACCUCCGAGAAGCCGCCCUGCUCAACGUCCAGUCCCGCGAUCCUCAAGACAAUGUCCGCCAGUUUCUGGGCUUUCAACAUCAGCAGAGCAAGACACGGGCCAACGAAGUACCCCCAACGCCCCCCUUUGAACUCACACCGGCCACCAAGCCUCCUCAUCAUGGCCUCCGUUGGCUACCCAAGCUAUCCAUCCCCGAUGGGGGCGAGCCGCAGCAGACACGGACGGUUCUCCUGACCGUGGAACAAGCUCUCGAGGAGAAAAAGCAGCGCCAGUCGAUUCAGCAACAGGGGCCUCCACCGCAGCGCAUGGAUAAGUCGUCCCCCCGCUCAUUGGAUCUGGAGACACCGAGAGACCACCGGAGGCUUGCCAGUCCCUUCUCCGAGGUCGACGUCCCUGUCACGGCGGUCCCGCUUGGCCCAGUUGCACGAAAUGUCUCCCAAUCCGUGCCUCCCGACAUGGGCUACCGGGCAGACCUGUCCAACAGCCCGCCCCAUGCUCGUUCUCAGUCUCGGCUCUCUGCCCGGCGGCCUUCUUUCUCCGUCCUCCCAGCCCUGGACGAGCACAAAGCAAGCAACAUGGCUGCGAAAGCUCCGUCCCCCAAGAGCCCGUCACCAUCACCCAAUACUGCUGGCCGCCUCAACAGACAGCCACGCCAAGCGCCCCCUCGUUAUCACUACCCAUGGUCGCCUGAAGGGUCCGCUGCAGCUGACGGCAUCUCAUUCCAAGGCCCGAUGAAGAAGCGCAAGAUGCGUCUGUUCCGCCAUGAGUGGCAGGACGGAUACUUCACCAUCAGGGGUACCCGGCUUAACAUGCACAAGGACUCCAAGGAGAUGAACCGCACGCUCGAGUAUGUUGACAUUGACGACUACGCCAUUGCCUGUUCCAACUUUGCGUCAUCGUCCAAGCUUAGCGCAGCCUUCAAGGCCAUGAACAUCUCGCACAGUCGCGGAAAGAGCGACUCCAUCGCUGCUUUCAGCUUCCAGCUCAUCCCUCAGGACAAGGAAGUGGGCGCACGUCUUCGCAAGCGCGAUAGCUUCAUGCAUGCUCCUGGCGCAGCAUCCGACGAGGGCGUCAAUGGCACUGGAAAGACGCACCAUUUCGCUGUCAAGGGCCGUGACGAGCGCAUCGACUGGAUGCGGGAGCUGAUGCUGGCCAAGGCGCUCAAGCAAAAGGGCCAAGGCUUUGAGAUUAGCGUCAACGGAAACAUGAUAUAA